ACAAACCAACGAUAGCAUGCGUUGUAACAAAGAAACAGAACAAAUUUCACACAAAAUUACACGCGUAAAUAAUCAGCAUCAUUCCGUUCUUGAAAAUGGAAAUGUUCACAUAACGUGUGACAAUGAUAUAACAGAAGAGAUUCAGUAUUUUCCAGGUAUACCAAAUGAGCAACCAAAACGCCCAGAAUAUGCUAUCAGAAGCGAACGACUGUUAUCAUUUUCUGCCUGGUCUUUUAGUAAUAUCGUGAAACCCGAAGCCUUAGCAGAAGCCGGAUUUUUCUUUACUGAAAUGCAAGAUCUGGUGAGAUGCUUUUUCUGUGGCGGUGGAAUGAAGAACUGGGCGUACGGAGACAAUCCUUGGAUUGAGCACGCGAGAUGGUUCCGGGCAUGCGCAUACUUAAAACAAUGCAAAGGAGAAGAUUUUGUUAAUUUGUGCCAAAUGUCAAGUAUGACAUUUCCAACACAGAAUAAUUUUCAAUUGAGAGAUUUAGAUUCUCAUCGAACAACAAUUGUAGAAGAUCAUGAAAUUGUAGAUCUUAACAGUAUUGCAGCCAAACGUGUAUUUAAAAUGGGAUACAGUCAAACACAGAUUGAAGACGCUAUCCGGCAUACUAGGCUUGUAGUAGGUCAAUCAGGUGUUCUCAAGGCGCAAACUCUUCUAGAGUAUCUCCUAGACAAUUGUCAUAUAAACGCUGACGUCACUAGUUCACUUACAUUGGCAGCAGAAGAUGAUCAAAAUAACACACGAAGUACCGAGGAAGAUGUACCAUUCUCGAGCGAAUCAAAUACCUCCAAUAACACAAAUGGUCAUACUGCAGUGGAAGCAGAAGACAUUGAAGAGAGACAGUCAUUGAAAGAAGAAAAUCGGUUAUUGAAAGAACAAAUGAUGUGUAAAGUUUGUAUGGAUAAAGAUGCAAAUACAGUUUUCCUUCCAUGUGGACAUUUAGUAGCUUGCGUUGAUUGUGCGAAAGUGCUGAGAAAAUGUGCAGUGUGCCGGAAAAUAAUUCAAGGGACUGUACGGGCAUACCCCGCCUAAAAACAUGAAGCAUACAAUUACGACGCAACAUGCUGUAGCAGCAGCCUGAAUUUAUAAAUAUUAUAUUGUGCCAAAUGUAUCAUAUCAUAAUUUAAUUAAAUGUAAGUUG